UCAUGGGAAUCGUGUGGCAGGAAACACCGCUAGAUACCUGUAAUUUGAUUGUUUUGCACGUUUGGAUGAGGAUUUAGAGAAGAGGAUGGUUCACUCUUGCUGUGUGGUCGAUUGUACGGCUCGUUGGGGGCCUGAUAAAAAGUUUUUUCGAAUUUCCUCCGAAAAGGAUCGCGAAAAACGAAAGAAAUGGUUGCGUGCUAUUAGGCGAUUGAACCUGGACGCUCCGAAGAAAGCCUGGAUUCCUGCAGCUUCUGAUCGAGUUUGUGAGGCUCAUUUUGUUCAUGGUGUCCCAAACCGCGAUCCACAGCACCCAGACUAUGUUCCUCACAUCAAAAUGGGCUAUUCUGGAUCGCAAAACUUAAAAGCAAAAGAAAAGUCUGUUCAGCGAUACGAACGGAGGAUCAAGAGGCAACGCCUUCCAUCCGCAAUGCCUUCCACUUCUACUUCCGCUACGGUUCCGGACCUGGGUGGUCAUGAUGAUGUUAGCAUGGACUGUGAAGUGAUCGUCAGUGUUGACCCCGAUCCCACUUCUGCUGACAACGAAAUGACCACAGAAACUAGCGCCAGUUGCUCUGACCAGGCAGCGAAAAAAGAGCAGCUCGAGGCAGAGACCAAGAGACUGGCAGAAGAACUUCUGGCACAGCAACGAGCAGCUGUGUACUACAAUGAGAAGAGCACGAAACUUCAAGAAGCUCUAAAUAAAGAAGAAUUCACUGUAAACAAUCUGAGCGAAAAACAACUCAAGUAUUACACAGGACUCAGAAGUCGGAAACUAUUUGAUUGGAUAGUUAAAGUGGUGUCUGCUCGUCAACUGCCCUACUUCUGUGAGAAAUUGAGCAUCACAGACAAGGUCCUUCUUCUUUUAAUGAAGCUGAGGCUGGGACUGCAGAACAAGGACCUAGCAUACAGGUUCAAGAUAAGUGCUGACCAAGUAACAAAGAUAGUGAACAUCGGAAGCUCUGUAAUGGCUGAUGCCCUGAAGUUCCUGAUAGUGUGGCCAGAAAAAGGGGCGAUAAUAAGAAACCUGCCUAAAGCUUUUAAGAAAACUAGAAGAUACAAAAAGACUUGUGUCAUAAUUGACUGCAGAGCAGUUUGCUUUCUGUCCAAGUGCUGGGGUGGCCGGGUAUCAGACAAGGAGCUGACAAUCAACAGUGGAUUCCUGGAACAGCUGGAGCAUGGGGACCAGGUUAUGGCAGAUCGAGGAUUCCUCAUUCGAGAAGAACUUCUCUGCAGAGGAGGAAGCCUCGUCAUCCCUGCAUUCACAAAGGGCAAAAAUCAGCUUAGCCACAAGGAAGUCAUCGACUCAAGGAAAACUGCCAAUGUCAGAAUUCACGUAGAACGGGCCAUUGGUCGGAUGAAAAAAUUCCGGAUUCUGAAGACAACAUGGGAACUCAGACUGGUCAAGAGUGCAGACAACAUAGUAACAAUAAUCGCUGCACUUGUUAAUCUGCUACCUCCACAAGUGAAAUAA